AUGCACGGCUACAGCCGCCUCGGCAACGGUGGUGCUGCAGGCCGCGCUGUCACAGCCACCACCACGCCAUCUCCUCCUUCCUCACCUCGCCUCCGUCACAGCCGCGGAAUUGGAAAGAGUAAUUCAUCUCCCGGGGGUGGUUUUGCAGGUGGUGGUGGUGGUGGUGGUGGUGGGCGGGGAGGAGGGGGAAGCAGAAUGUGGUGGAGAGGUUGA